UAAGCCGUUUUCUCCGCUCAGUACGUAACGCUCAGUACUACAACUCCCACAAACCCUUUCUUUCUCCUGCUCGUGUUGGGCGACAUGGCGUCUUCUUGAAGCGCAGACAAAUCGUAAUUGUUUUGUUGACAAGGGAUUAAGAUGGCAGCUGACCCCGCAGACAAGAAGGAGGCUGAACCGUCUGUGUCCAAAGACAGAGAGAGGAAACGCAGCCGGUCAAGAGAGCGGGAGCGAAAACGACAUCGAUCCCGUGAAAGAAAUCGCUCCAAAUCUGCAGAAAGAGACCGACGCCUGAAAGACAAGGACAGAGACAAGGAACGAGAGCGGGAUAAGGACAGAGACAGGGGCCGCAAGGACAGAGAUGUACAUCGACGAGAUAAAGAUCGCAGCAAGAGGUCCAGAAGCCUCUCCCCCAGGUCAAAGGAUGCCAAGUUAAAGAGAGAUAAGGAUAUAAAAGCAGAAGAGGAGGAGGAUGAGAAAAAGAAGAAAGAAAAGGUCCAGCCUUUGUCUUUGGAAGAGCUUCUCGCCAAGAAGAAAGCAGAAGAGGAAGCUGAGGCAAAGCCCAAGUUCCUCUCCAAGGCCGAGCGAGAAGCUGAGGCUCUGAAACGGAGGGAACAGCAGACGGAGGAGAGGAGGAGACUGGUGGAAGAGGAGAGGAAGAAGAGAAGGAUGUUCCAGGACAUGGGGAGAAAAAUGAUGGAGGAUCCCCAAGAAAGAGAGAGACGAGAGCGAAGAGAAAGAAUGGAGCGGGAGAACAACGGGAAUGAAGACGACGAUGGACGACAAAAGCUCAGAGAGGAGAAAGAUAAAAGCAAAGAACUCCACGCCAUCAAGGAGCGUUACCUGGGAGGACUCAAGAAACGCCGGAGAACUCGUCACCUGAACGACAGGAAGUUUGUCUUUGAGUGGGAUGCUUCUGAAGACACUUCAGUGGACUACAACCCGAUCUACAAAGAAAAGCAUCAGGUGCAGCUUUACGGACGAGGCUUCAUCGCCGGCAUCGACUUGAAGCAGCAGAAAAGAGAUCAGUCACAUUUCUAUGGUGACCUGAUGGAGAAAAGGCGAACGCUGGAAGAGAAGGAGCAGGAAGAGACAAGGCUCAAGAAGAUGCGUAAGAAGGAAGCCAAGCAGCGCUGGGACGACAGACACUGGUCUCAGAAGAAGCUGGAAGAGAUGAUUGACAGAGAUUGGCGAAUCUUUAGAGAGGACUACAGCAUCACCACAAAGGGAGGAAAGAUCCCCAACCCCAUCAGGAACUGGAAGGAGUAUGCGCUGCCUGCUCACAUCCUGGAGGUCAUCGAAAAAUGUGGCUACAAGGAUCCAACACCUAUUCAGAGGCAGGCCAUUCCUAUUGGUUUACAGAACCGUGACAUCAUCGGUGUGGCCGAGACAGGUAGUGGUAAAACAGCUGCUUUCCUGAUUCCACUUCUGGUCUGGAUUACCACCCUGCCAAAGAUUGACAGGAUCGAAGACUCAGACCAGGGUCCUUAUGCUGUGAUCCUGGCUCCGACUCGUGAGUUGGCACAGCAGAUCGAAGAGGAGACCAUAAAGUUUGGUAAACCGCUCGGCAUCCGGACGGUGGCUGUAAUUGGAGGAAUCUCCAGAGAGGACCAGGGCUUCCGUCUCAGGAUGGGCUGUGAGAUUGUGAUCGCCACCCCCGGUCGUCUGAUCGACGUACUGGAGAACCGGUACCUGGUUCUUGGACGCUGUACAUACGUGGUUCUUGACGAGGCCGAUCGUAUGAUUGACAUGGGCUUCGAGCCAGACGUCCAGAAGAUUCUGGAGUACAUCCCAGUGACCAAUCAGAAACCAGACACGGAGGAGGCGGAGGACCCUGAGAAGAUGAUGAUGAACUUUGAAUCUGGAAAACAUAAAUACAGACAAACGGUCAUGUUCACAGCUACGAUGCCUCCGGCUGUGGAGCGGCUGGCCAGGAGCUACCUGAGACGCCCUGCUGUGGUUUACAUCGGAUCUGCUGGCAAACCUCACGAGAGGGUUGAACAGAAGGUUCUGCUGAUGUCAGAGGGAGAGAAGAGGAAGAAGAUGUUGGAGGUGUUGGCGCAUGGGUUCGAGCCUCCCAUUAUCAUCUUCGUCAAUCAGAAGAAGGGUGUGGAUGUGCUGGCCAAGUCCCUGGAGAAGAUGGGGUACAAUGCUUGCACACUUCACGGUGGCAAAGGACAGGAGCAGAGAGAGUUUGCUCUCUCCAACCUCAAAGCGGGAGCCAAAGACAUCCUGGUGGCCACAGACGUUGCUGGUCGAGGUAUCGAUAUCCACGACGUCUCCAUGGUCAUUAACUACGACAUGGCAAAGAACAUUGAAGACUACAUCCAUCGUAUUGGUCGUACGGGUCGUGCCGGUAAGAGCGGUGUGGCGAUGACUUUCCUGACGAAAGAAGACUCUGCUGUGUUCUACGACCUGAAGCAGGCCAUCCUCGAGAGCCCGGUCUCCAACUGUCCCCCAGAGCUGGCCAACCACCCAGACGCCCAGCACAAACCUGGAACCAUCCUGACCAAGAAGAGACGCGAGGAGACAAUCUUUGCCUGAUUUACAUACACAAGCACACAGCAGGAUGUUCGGACUGUUUUAUCAUGUCACAUCUCUUAAGGACUCGCACAUUUCUGUUUUACACCCUGAGUUUUGUCUUCAGGUUAUUUACACCUCUUUGCAACUCUGUAAAUCUAUUUUUAACAAUAACUCCGUGGGUGGAAAGUACAGAUCAUUAGCUGGUGCAUACGUCUUCGCUGCACUUGUUUCAGGGCUCAGUUUAAAGUUGUAUAAACUCCGUGUUAGAUAUGUUUUGUUUCUGCUUCUAUUCAAAUGAGAAGUGAACAGGACCCUGAUGUCACUGAUCUGAACUGUAUAAAGGCUUCUUCAGUUAGAAAAUGGAAUUGGAUGUCAGUCUGAAGGGGGGGGUGGGUAAGUAGUUAGUGCUUUGUUUUUGGGGUUUUUUUGCUCACAAAAACUAUAAUUUCCUGACUGUUGAAGAGACCAAUGUGUCAAGUGAAGGCCCUUCAUGAUCGCUUCAGUGUAAUUCAUUGUUUUAAAUAUAAACAUUUGUAUGAAGUGAAAACAA